AUGACAAGCCAUCGCUCAGGGUGGAAGGAACGGGCAUCAUUGAAUAACGUUCGGAAUGAGUGGUCGCGAAUUCUCACCCAGCCCAAGUUGGGACUCUCCGAAGCGGAUGCUGAUAUGAUUUUCAACACAGCAGACGCAAUCAUACACAAUGGGCCCGAAGUUUCUUAUCUCAAGUCCUACCGCAGUCUCAAAGCUGCGAAUUUUGAGGCUACUUCAAACUCAUCCAAUCGGCUAUGGGCCGCCACAUACCCUUCCACUUCGUCUCCACUGCAGGCGUGA